GGUUUACUUCCGGAUGGCAUCCAUGAGCGAGCGUGUGUGAGAGCCGACUGAAAGAACGGUAUGUUACAAAUAUUUACAAAGUCACUUUUUAAGACCACCGUAAGUUUAAAUUCACCUAAAAAGGACUGAAAAUUUGUUUAACUUUAACACCGCAGUUGUGUUUAAAUGUCAAUUGUCAGGGUUACAAAUGUAAUGUUCUGUACCUUGUUUUUCUUUCUUUACAUCGCUCCUUUUUUAAAUUUCGACGCAGUUCACAAUGGCUGAAAACCGUAAAAUCGUCGAGGUCAACCAUAGAGAUGUAGGGAGCAGCCAGCCUCCUGGUGGAGAGGAGCAGGGUGAAGGAGGAGAAGGUGGAGGAGGCUCUGAGACAGAUGCAGGAGGUGGUCUGACUGACUCCAAGAGAGAGGUGUUGGAGAAGUGUCUGAAUACUCUGAAGCAUGCUCAAAAUGAUAGUCACACAUUGGCUGCUCUGCUGCUGGUAAGUGUUUUUCAUAUUUAUAAGAGUAUAGACAUAGUAAGGGAGAGUGGGGUAAGUUGAGCCACCCCCUGUUGCUUGGAAAUGGUAAAAGAAAUUGAUCAUGUGACCAAAUAUUUAGGAGAUGGGCAUCAAUUCACGGAGUCUGUGAAGGUUGGAAGCACAUGAGUGAAGAGGUUAGACAUUUAUUUACUACAAAAAAAAAUGUUCACUCUUGAAAGUGAAUUUAGUCUGUCAUAAGUUUUAUCAGAAUUGUGUUCAGACCAAAAAAAAAUAGUUUAAAUUCGUUUAAUACAGCAAUUGUGGUAUCUAUGAGCUACAACAUGAGGUUAAAAGCCAAGCAUAAAAGUCCACCAUUUUAGCUUAGAGGACUAAUAAAGUCAUAAUAGUAGUUCUGGGGUAACUGAGAAAGUAAAGGAGUCUGAUGAGAGGAUCAGAGUUUCAGUUCAGAUUGUUGAAAUGUGUUACUUUUAUUUUUCAAAAAUACAGCUGUGAAUGUUCUGAAUCACUUAAAGACAUUCUCAUGUUAAAAUGACUUUUUACUAAACAGCUUUUUAGCAGUUAUAUGCAAUAAUAAUAAAAAUAAUUAUUGUUGUUGUAUUGUUUCCACUCAUUCUGGUGGUUUGCAGGGAUGAACAACAUCUUGAAAUAUAUGUAGAUACACGAGUUAGAGACAAAACUAAGAUUGACUUGAUGUAGUGAUCUGAAAUAUGAAAAAUGGCUCACCUUACCCCACUCUCCCCUACUUUUAUGAUUUAUCAGUUGGGAAAAAAUAAAUACGACCAAGAAUUGAAGGACUGCCCUAUGGUGCUAUUUUCAAAUUCAAAUUCAACUUUAUUUUUAUGGCACUUUUCAGACAAAAAAAUGUAGUUGAAAGUGCCCCACAGAGGCUAAAAACAACAAUUAAACAACAAUAAAAACCAACCCUCCCACCCACCCAUGGACCCAGACACACAGACACGCACCCACCCUCACUCACUCACCCACACAUACACACACACUCUCUCCCUAAAUAACAGGAGCCAGUGCAGCGAUGCUAAAACAUUUUCCUAUUUUUCUCUGUAGAUUACCCACCUGUGUCCUGCAAACCAGCUUGACAAACCCACCUUGAGCCGCAUCUUUGAGGCAGUGGGCCUGAACCUUCCAGCUCGCCUCUUAGUGACAGCAAUAAGCGGGGAUAAUACCUCCGGCUUACCUGCACAUGAACUCCUCUCUCUGGGCACAGCUCUGUUGGCUGCGCUGAGCACAGACCCAGACUUGGUCUCCCAUCCCCAGCUCCUCACAACCAUCCCUCUUCUGCUGGGCAUCUUAGCGAACGGACCCGUGAACCAGCAGAAACCGGGAGCUCAGGAGCAGAGCAAAGAUGACGAGAUGGGGUCAAGGAUGAAUGUGAAUCAGUCGACAGGUGGGACUAGUGAUGGAGACAGUGAAGCAAACAAAGAAUCAUCAUCCCAGGAAAGCGACUCCUCUCCUAAACUCGACAAAGCCAUGGCUUCUGACUGUUACCAGGUCCUCACAGCUGUGUGCGCUUUACCAAGAGGUCCAGACCAGGUCCUAAGCAGGGGAGCCAUUCCUGCUCUGUGGCGAGCAGUGCAACAAAACCAGACUUUAAGCCAUGAGAGGGGACUUGCCUUGUUAGGCUGCCUUCUCUCAGGUAAAACCAAAGAUAAAGCAUGGAGUAAACACCCUUCAGAACUCCUCUCUCUGCUGGUUCGGCUCUCUAAAGACUUCUCCCAAGCCAAAGACCAGACUAAGCUGGACAUGUGUGCCAAGUUGGUGCAGUUUCUGCCUCCAGUAGGAGUGGCAGUAGAAAAUGAGGAGCUGAAGGGAGUCGUAGCUCAGGUAUGGGGGACAUUAAGACCCAUGAUGCAGGCGAAGUUGACACCAAGACAGAUUGGGCCGAUACUUGUCCUCAGCGCUUGUCUGCUGGAUUUGUACGGCUGGGAGCUGGUGGGACCGCCUAAGUUCUGCUGCUUACUGGUGAACCGGGCCUGCGUGGAGGUCAGAAUGGGUUUGGAGGAGCCACCUGGUAAUGACCUGAGCCCGGAGCUGCAGCACACACUCACAGGUACGGUGUUUAUUUAUAAUAUAAAUUAGUUCUUGAAUUAUUAAGAAAGGUGGAGCCACAGUGACAGUUUUUUUAAGUUCCUGAUUUGAUUGAUUUAUUUACAGCAAUACAGUUAUAAGCAAAAAAAUCAGAAUUUCACACUGACCAUCCAGAUUUGAUUUUAAACCUCUUUCAUUACUUAUUUUGUCCCAGGCUGUUACCGUAUCAUGGAGGCGGCCAUCGAGCAGGCCUGCUGCCUGGGAGUUUCACAGACUCCUGCAUCUCCUCUUCCAACCUCCACCACAUCUCUCAGUCUGCAGCAGAGCAGGCAGGUCCUCGGGGUGCUGGAAGAGGCCUUCUCAGCCUUAAUGUACCACCUGCAGCAGGUGAGAUGAUUUAGGAAGAGCUUUUGUUGUACCUUAACCCAUUUAAACCGGGACAGCGUGUACACAUUUCAACCUUCCAAGCCGGGAACACGACUGAGCAUUUCUACUCGGAUUCAGAGGCGCAGCUCAGACAGGGUUCAGGUCUUAAUGGGUUAAAAACUACUUGUUGCUGAUUUUGGGGCUAUAGUCGCUCUUGUGGACCAGAACACCUUUUUUUAAUAGAGAUAACAACAAAUAAGAAGUCAUACUGAGAUAUUCAGCUGAACUGAAGUCAUCCGUUUAGAGAAAAUAAUGACUACAUGUCAAAAAGUCUGCUGAAAAAAGUCAUCAUUAACAGAGCAACAGCCUUGAAAGUGUAAAGAUAUGCUGCCUUUAUUUGUUCUGUUUGUUGUUUUCUGGUUUUAUAAUUCCGCUGGUAUCCCGUUGCUCAAAAGACUCAAAAUAAUUAAUGAAGAAAAUAACUAACAGAUCAAGUUAUUAUCAAAACAGUUGUAAGUUUGCAGCCUUACUGACAAACAAGACAGAUUUGUUCUCAUUAGAAGGAAGCGUCAGGGUGCAUUUCCAUUGUGUUUUUUUUUUUUGCUGCAAAAUAAGAAGCAUUGCCAGAGGGGAAAAAUGUAUGAGUAUAAUCUUGAGGCUGACUAGGAAGGUUCUAAGCUACAGCAGCUACAGUGAAGCGCUCAAUAAACUUGGAAAUAUGCGACAAUACCUCUUUAUAAUAUCAGUCAACAUGAAAAGUGAAAAGUUUUAUGCAGAAAUGUUUACAUGGAAAUUUUUCCUCCAAUUUUUGAGGUGCGUCAGUGAGGGUUCACGGUAAAAAAAACAAAUGUCUCCUUUUUAAACCCUCCCCUCCUUCAUGUCUAUUUUUGCUCUCAUAGGUGGAUCCGAGUCGCUACGGUGACCCUUUUAUUUUCGCCACAUUUCGCUCGCUGUGCUCCUGGCUGGCCGAGGAGACCUCCUGUCUGAAAGAGGAAGUGACCAGACUGUUGCCAUUUCUGAUCAGCUACUCCCGGAGCCACAUGCAGGGCGAGGGCGCAGAGCAGAGCCUCUCUGAUUGGAUGGCGGAGAUGUCCGUGAGAGAGGAGAGAGAAGAAGCGUGGACGGGCAAAGAGGCUCUGAGGUAAAAAUGACCGAACAUGUCAAAGAGAAUGAAAGUCUCGAACAUUUGAUACGUUUUUCUGCAAUAGCUUCUGGUCGUCCUUUUUUCCUCCUUCUCUUCAGGUAUCUCCUUCCUGCUCUGUGUCAUCUGUCAGCAGAAGAAGGUCCCAGGAAGGUGCUGCUCACACUCGACACCCCUGCUCUGCUGGUGGACUUCCUGACUCAGUGCUGGACCUCUCUUAAAGGGAAAAGUGGGGUGGUUUCAACCAGAGAUCCCAGCAUGGAGACCGCCUGCUCAGCCCUCCUGAACUUCACUGUUACAGAACCAGAGAGAGUCAGGUAGCUUAAAUGUGAAAUCAAGCACAUUAUAAUCGUAAAAGUGCUUAUUUUCUGUAUGUAGAUUGAGACAUGGUUGUUUUUGUCUAGGAAGGACCCGUGUUUCAGAUCCCUGGAGACUCUUCUAGGUGAAGCACUACCUGUUUUGGUGUACAAACCACGCCUUCUUGUCCUCGCAGCAAAUUACUGCACAUUGGGUCUUAUGAUUGGCCGACUCAAGCCAGCUUCUCCAGGUGAAAAUACGUCCUUUUGUCUCAGUGUAUCACAGAAUUUAGGGCCUUUUUUCCACUUGUAGUCUGCUGAUUAUGAUGAUUGAAUCCACUGCUCAAUACACCAAAACUCCAGAUUAGAUUUUUUUUAAUGAAUGCAUCUGUUAUGUAGCGUUGAAAGUCACAACUUUAGGAGGAAAAUGACGCCAUGUUACCCGUAGCAUCAAAGACGACUCCUCCAAGUUAAAAUUCCUCCCCGAGGCAGAAACAGAAACAGCAGCUAAUAGGAAUCAAACCAUUAUUUCUUAAAAUAUGAAUAUCAGUAUACUUCCACUUCCCAAGGCUGAUAAACUGGCAAACUAUGAAUUACAUGGAGCACAACCAUUACGAAUGUAUUAGUCACUGCCUCUUAUUUCUCUCUGUGACUGCUUUGUAAAAGGGGUGUAAGAGGCGGGUCAUGUGAGCGAUCAGCAGGGCAGGAAAGCUGCUGUGAAUGAGAGGCUCAUUAAGGGUUGUAAACAUUAAUCAUGCUCCUAUAACUGUACUUCAUGUUAACUGAGUUUCUCUCUUAAAUCCUAAAAUAAUCAUUAAAAUGUCUAAUGGUACCCACACAUAGAUUUUAUAAGCCUUUGAGUGUUGCCAACGCCACUGCAAUCGAUAAAACACUGUACAAUCAGUGGUCUCUGUCUAACCUAAUUCAGUCCUAAUGCUGAACAUUUCUGGAUAAUGUACAAACAACAUUAAGCGACUGUUGCUGGGUAGUGUUGUGUCGUUCACGAACGAUUCGUUCAAAAGAACCGAAUCUUUUAAGUGAAUGUACCGAACCGAAUCACUUCCUCAAGUGAUUCGUUGCCAGCAUUACCAGGCUAGCAGCCGGCGAACGAGGGACCACAUGCACCAACGCCUGAAUCACUUGGUGAAGGAAUCACACAUUGAACUACGCACUCUGGAGUCAUUUCUGUCGGACUAAACUACCUUUUUUUUCCACUAAAUUGCCACCACAACAACUUUCAAACAAUAGGAUACAGCAUGUAACAAGUAGUGCAUUAAACCUGCAGCAUCUGGUUUGUGAGGGAACGGUGCAUGUUCAGUGUGAAUUCUUCUAAAUGUUCAGUGAACGAAUCACUCACUGAUCCCAAUUUACCUAGAAGGUAAAUAGCAUACCAUAGGACACUUAAAACAUCAUGACUUAUGAACAAGUUCAUUUUUACAAACCUGUUUGCCAAAGCUACACAGACAAACACUCUCAUCUCCCGGUCCCAGAAACUAUGAAUUGAACUGAAUCCUGAAACGUUCAGAUGUGUAUCAGUUCAGGAGGUCGGAGUCGCAGGCUUCUCCCACUAAAUGAUUCUGUGAUUUGGUGAACGAAUCUUUUUAGUGAACUGAUUCUAGUGAUUCAGUACAUCUAAAAGAACUGCUGUGCCCAUCACUACUGCUGGGUCUGCAGGAUGAGAAAAUUGAGCCCUUAUUUAUACAAGAUAGAAAAAUGUUGACUGUGUGUAUAUUAUGUUGUUUUGAUGUUUUUUUCCCCUAAAAUGGUCAAAAUCAAAUGAAAUCAAAUCAAACUUUAUUUAUUGAGCAUUUUUCAUGCAUGGAUGUGCAACACAAAGUGCUUUACACUCAUAGAAAAGUAUAAACAUAGAAACAACAGUUACAAAUAAAGCCCCUCCCUCCCACCCUCAAAAAUUAAAGCAGCUCUGACUCUAAAAUAUUUCCACGACACUCUUCAAAAUGUUCUUUCUGUGUGUCUUUAAUGUGUUAAAUUUAGAUGAGAAUACAAGAACAAUGUGUCUAUUACUGGCAGCUUUAGAGAUCUAUUUUUUAAGCAACUCCAUAUUUUAUUUUCCAGGCUCCGCUGAAGCUUGCCAGAGGCGGUUCUUCUCCUCAGCUCUCCGGUUCCUCCGCGGCGCCCUGGAUUCCAGCUCCAGUCCCGGCCCGGUGAAAGUGAGCCAGAGCUGGGAGGAGAGUUGGGAUGAGGUGGAGGAGCUCUGGAGGCUGAGUCUGCAGGCUCUGGGGGGCUGCGUCCGCGCUCAGCCCUGGAUCGCCGCUCUGGUCAGACAGGAAGGUUGGCUCAAUCGCACACUCGCCAUGCUGAGUCAGUGUAGCGCUCUACCUGACCAGCACACACAGGGGGCGCUAGAGGAGGCACUGUGUGCCCUGGCGGACAUGUGCCCGGCCUGUCAACGAGAAAUCAGAGACGUGAUGACGACGAUGAAGAGUGACAAGUGCGCUUUGAGCUCUAUGAGGAACCUGAGGAAGUCUGUGGAUGUCAAGUGAAACCUUGAGUUCCUCUCAAAGUCAGUAUUUUUUAACUUUAAAGGAGGACGGUCGCUUUAACCAAACCUGUGUGCUGUUCGCUUGGAGCAAACCACGAUAAAUGAUGUAUAAACUAUCAUCUAAGAGCCUCUAUGUAGAAAUAAUGAACCACCACUCAUUGGUCAAUCUUUAAAAAUGACCUGACAGGACAGAUAAUUAUGAAUUUGUUUACCAAUGUGGUGUAAUGUAGAUGUUUGACAAGGUGUCAAAACCAUAGAAAUGGGGCACUGAAGGAAAAAAACUAUAGUAUUAUGAGAGUAAGGUAAUUAAUUUUCAAGAAUAAAGUUGUAAUCUUCAAAAUUGGAAUCAUAAUUUAUUAGGAGAAGCACUUUGGUAACCCAACACUGUUUAUUAAACUGCCAUUCCCUGGAGAGGACACAGUUGAUCCUUCAAUAUUAACAGAAUUCAGGUUUCAGUGAAAUCUUUCUACCAAAGUGUGACCCAACAAGUUUCCAUAUGUACAUUGUUUGAGCACAGGUGACUGGCUCUGCUCUUUUUUUAGGAUAAAUGUACUAUUUUCUAACUUUAUUCACAAACUCUGAACUUUUGUCUUUACAGUGCCCUGAAUGCUUUGUUGUACGGAAGAGAGAAAACUUGUUAAAUGUUGAUUGUGACUUCCCACUGCCUUUAAUAAAGAGCUAUUUUGUUAGAAAACCAACCAGAGUCUCGGUUUUACUCAUUUCUUCUUUAUAACCUUGUUCAAAGCUCAGU